AGACGCCUGUCUUAUGUGUAGUGGAUAAAAAAAAAAAAACUUUUAUGCUCACCUUCCCCCCGCUCCUAUAUAUAUACAUAUAUAUAUAUAUCCUUUUUUCUUUUUUAACAUCAUCUUUCAUUGACUUUCCCCCUUCCGCAUGCAUACUUUUAUUAUUUUCUCAUUAUUCACUAGUUUUUUUUUAUUAUUAUUAUUAUACUUGUUCCCCCUCUUCUUCUUUAUAAUAAUAAAAAAAAAUCAAUUGCCCAAAUGUA